AUGUUUAAAUUGCUGACAACAAAAUUCAACACAGUGAAGCCUAGGGAAGAGGACGAUGAGAUUAAACAAGGUCCUGAUCCAAGAAAUCAGUCUCAGCGAUCCACGAGACAGGGAGAAGACAAAAGUGAAAAGAAAUCUCUCAAACCCAAGAUGACACCAGUCACUUCUGAAGAGUCACACACCAAAAUACAAGAUAAAAUCUCCAAGAAAAAUUCACUCAGAGAUUUGACCACAAAUUUUGAGUCUCAAAAUCUAGCAGAAUCAACAGGAACAAUGCCAGAACAGAUGGAAAUGGGCACUGGGAAAGAAGGUUUAGUCAGUCCAAAAAGCAAAACACUGGGAGCCCCUGUUAUAAAUGAAUAUGCUGAUGCCCAGCUACACAACCUGGUGAGAAGAAUGCGCCUAAGAACUGCCUUCUACAAGAAGAAGUUGCUAGAAGGAGAUAUAUCCUCACCUGAAACCAGCCCUCAAACUGCAAAGCCCACAGCCAUACCGUCAAUACAAGAAAGCAAUGCUAAGCAGAAAGAAGAACAUUACUGUCACGUGUUGUGUUGUAAACUCCAGAAGGUGCCCCUGACAGCAUAUCUCAAGCGAAUGAGACUUCCAAGAAGCAUAGAUUCACACACAGAUCGACUCUAUCUCCUGUGGCUCUUGCUUGUCACCAUUGCCUAUAACUGGAACUGCUGGCUUAUACCACUGCGCCUUGUCUUUCCAUAUCAAACACCUGACAACACAUGCUACUGGCUUAUUACAGACAUCAUAUGUGAUAUCAUCUACAUUUGCGAUCUGCUAUUAAUCCAGCCCAGAGUCCAGUUUGUAAAAGGAGGAGACAUAAUAGUGGAUCCAAAUGAACUGAAGAGACACUACAGAAGUUCUACAAAGUUUCAGUUGGAUGUCGCAUCAGUAAUGCCAUUAGAUGUUUUCUACCUCUUCUUUGGGUUUAAUCCAGUAUUUAGGACAAAUAGGAUAUUAAAGUAUACUUCAUUUUUUGAGUUUAAUCAUCGCCUAGAGUCUGUAAUGGACAAGGCAUAUAUCUACAGAGUUAUUCGAACAACUGGAUACUUGCUGUUUACUCUGCAUAUUAAUGCCUGUGCUUAUUACUGGGCUUCAGAAUAUGAAGGAAUUGGAGCUACUAAAUGGGUGUAUGAUGGUAAAGGAAACAAGUAUCUGAGAUGUUAUUAUUGGGCAGUUCGAACUUUAAUUACCAUUGGAGGCCUUCCAGAUCCACAAAGUUCAUUUGAAAUUUUUUUUCAACUGUUGAAUUUUUUUUCUGGAGUUUUUGUGUUCUCCAGCUUAAUUGGUCAGAUGCAAGAUGUAAUUGGGGCAGCUACAGCCAAUCAGAACAACUUCCGCAUCUGCAUGGAUCAGACCAUCGCCUACAUGAAAACUUAUUCCAUCCCUAAGAGUGUGCAGAAUCGGGUUCAGACUUGGUAUGAAUAUACGUGGGACUCUCAGAGAAUGCUAGAUGAGUCAAACCUGCUUGAGGCCCUGCCGACUACAAUGCAGUUAGCCCUCACCAUUGAUGUGAACUUCAGCAUCAUCAACAAAGUUGACUUAUUCAAGGGUUGUGACACACAGAUGAUUUAUGACAUGUUGUUAAGAUUGAAAUCCACUGUCUAUUUACCUGGUGACUUUGUCUGCAAAAAGGGAGAAGUUGGCAAGGAAAUGUAUAUCAUCAAGCAAGGAGAAGUCCAAGUUCUUGGAGGCUCUGAUGGUGCUCAAGUUCUGGUUACUCUGAAAGCUGGCGCAGUGUUUGGAGAAAUCAGCCUACUGGCAGCAAGAGGAGGAAACCGUCGAACUGCCAAUGUGGUGGCCCGUGGGUUUGCCAAUCUUUUAACUCUGGACAAAAAGACUCUCCAAGAAAUUCUAGUGCAUUAUCCAGAUUCUGAAAAGCUCCUUAUGAAGAAAGCCAGAGUGCUUCUAAAGAGGAGGGCUCUGGGCACAGAGGCAACCCCUCCAAGAAAAGGCCUCGCCUUUCUCUUCCCACCCAAACAAAAGACACCCAAAAUGUUUAAAGCUCUCCUGAGAGGCACAGGAAAAGCAGGUCUUGUAAGACAACUCAAACGGAGGAGAGAACAAACCGUUCAGAAAAAAAGUGGAAACUCCAAAGAAGGAGAGGGUAAAGGAAAAGAAUAUGAAGAUAAAGCUAGAGAGCCAGCAGAGAAACCACUGAGCAGUAGAGCAGGUGCUGUUCUAGCAGAGGCAGUGCCCCAGUCAAUGAGGGCAACUUCACCCACAGGAACUGGCUGCCACGCACUCAUCAUCGGCAUGGCUCCUUCUGCACAGGCCGGGGACGAGGUUCUGACGAUUGAAGUCAAAGAAAAGGCUAAGCAAUAA